UUCUCUCGCCUCUCUCGCCUCUCCCUUUCCAAGAAACCACCAAUCUCUCUCUCUCUCUCUCUUUCUCUCUCGCUCGCGGCGGAGAGGAGGAGCAGUCUCCCAUCUGCGGCGGCCGGCGGCGUGCGUGCGUGCGGGUGGCUGGUGUUGUGGAUUCCGUUUCCGAUGGACGACGCGGUGGAGACGGCCGCCGAGAUUCUGGUCAGCUUCCAGAACAGGAGGCUGGUGCGGUGGCCGGAGUGGGUUCCGCGGCCGGAUGAGAAGGGCGCCGCCGCUGAGGAGAAGAAGUUGCCGGGAUGGAAGGACCGGCGGAAGCGGACUUCCAAGUCCAAACCGCCGCCGGCCAUUUUGGUGUGUGGCCUGGAGCUGAGGGAUUCCGGCGGGGAGAAGGCGGCGUCGAUUCCGGCCCCGCUCCCGCCCCCCGCGAGGAAGAAGAUGUUGUUCAAGAUGAAGGUCAAGGACGAGCCGACGGCGGCGCGGGGGCCGGAGACGCCGCCGGAGUACGGGGCCGGCGCGGGAUCCGGCGCGAAUUUCAGCCGGGAUGGCGUGGCGAGGCCUCUGCCGCCACGCGCGGUGGUGAAGGCCGAGCCGACGCCGGCGGCGCGGAUGCCCGAGUCGCCGCCGUACUACGUCGCGGCGGCCGGAUCCGCCCCUUCCACGGCCGGCGGCGACCGGCGUCCGCGUCCUCGCCCCGUCGAGAGGGCGCACGUCAAGACGGUCCUCGCGGCGGCGAAGGAGGCCAUGGAGGCGUCUAGCCCAGAGACCCCUCUGGACUACGCCGCCACCACCGGAUCCGGCGCGUCCUCCAGCGGCGACGAGUCGUCGCGGAAGCGGAAGGCGGCGCCGGGGGCGGGCGGAUCCGGCGGCGCCUCGUCGAGCGGCGACGAGGGGUGCAGCUCACCGGAGAAGCGGCCGUGCCUGGUCGCCGGCGGCGGCGCUCAGACCGCCGCAGCGGCUAAAGCAGAGGGGGAAAAGUUUGCGGAUUCGAUGAACCGUAACGACGAUGGCGUGCUUCUCUUCGACCUCAACGAAUGUGUGGAUAAUUGCGAAGAUUGGUCCUAAUGGGAGUCUUUGCUAGUGUUCAUCAUGCCUAGAUCAAUGUGGGAGUUUUUGCUAACAUAUCCGCGCUCCGUCGGGUAAAAAAUAAACCCAAAAUUGUGUACAUAAAAAGGGCAAAGCCAGUAAGUAGAGCAGUUGACAAGAGCUGGAGGGCUUUGCCUUUUCUUUCUAGAUUAUAUAUUAUAUGAGUAGAUGAUAAGGUGGGCUUAGGUGGUUUCAUUGAAUUUGUCAGGUUAGUUUCUAGUCAGCCUUGUUCAUUGCACUGCUCUUGAUCAUAUCUUAUUAUUCUGCUGGCUCUCUCAUUGCCCAGUGCCCUCUGCUGUUGCCUUCAGAUCGGUGUAAGGCAUCUCUGUUUUAAUCUUCACUUCAAUGUGGAACUGAUACAGUGCAAGAACAAUAUAUUUACAUACAUUUUGUUCUUUGUUUCAGUUUGUGUA